UCAGGAUCCGAGUACAGUCCACAUGACAAUGAGGGGCUUGAGGAUGAUGAUGAAGUGAUCAGCAAGAGUGUCAAAGUAUCUUCUCAAGGAACACGAGGAUCAAAAAGGGUGAGACCACCUAGGUUGCAAUUGGAGUGUAGAGUCACAAGACAGAAUUCUGCUGCCACCAUAAGCUUAACCGCCUCAACAGAAGAAGCAUUAGCAACUGUACAAACUGAGAAUUUGAACCCUACUGCUGAUGAAGAUGAAUUGGUUGAAGUUACAGAGCAAGUACGAAGAGGAAGAAGUAUGGGGAAAGAUUUAGAUAGGAUAACCAGAGGGUUAGGAAGCAAAAUAUGUAUCCAUGUUUCUGAAGGGAAGAGAAGGCCGGCGGUACCACUCCAAGUGGCAAAGCUUGCGUCAGAGGCUGGAAUUGUACUUAGACAACAUGUACCAAUCUUUCCUCAUUGGAAGCAUUACAAGAAGAAUGAUCUUGAAAUGGAUAACUAUAUUGGCAAAGUUGCUGGACAAUUUAACAUGGACACUGACAACAAGGCAGUGAAAGAUGCAUGUAUUGACUUGUUAAAGGGUGGACAACAUCAAAGGAGGUAUAACUUAAAAUUGAAGUACUUCAAUGGGUUAUCACAAGAUCAGGUGCCGAGAACAUCACCAGUGGCUUGCAUGAGUGAUGCACAAUGGCUUGAAUUGGUGGCCAUGUGGUCAAAGGAAGAACACAAGGAGAAGUGUGCAAAAAACAAAAUUAAUCGUGAGUGCGUCCAAUAUCAACAGCGCACAGGUUCACGGUGCUACGAGGCACAAGCUUAUGUUGCGAAACAAGAAAGAUUUAAAGAUUCAACGCCCACUGCAAUUGACCUCUUUAAGGAAAUGCAUUGCAGCAGGAAAAGAGAUUUCAGUGAGCAAGUAAAGCAAGCUAUUGUUGAUAUGGAAUCAAUUAUUGAUGAAUCUAUAGAAAAUGGAGAGCAGCAGAAGACUUGUAUUGAAGCUGUCUCUCAAGUUCUAUCCAAGAAUAGCACCUUUCUUGAAAAUUUGGAUCUUAAGAAAAUGCUAAGACACAAGAAUCAGCAGGACUCCGUGAAGUAG